AUGUACGCAAGAUUCAACAACUUAGAAGAAUCGUGUUUUAUCGAUGGAAGCGAAUAUAAGGGUACUUGGACCACAUUUGGCAUGGAAGGAGUCGGUAAAUUCAUCAUGCCGCACAAUGCUAUCUUUGAAGGAGAAUUUCGCGAUAAUAUGUUUCAUGGCUAUGGUAGUCUAUAUUGGCCUCGUGGGCAAAGAAUGGAUGGAAUUUGGAUACAAGGUGAAUGUAGAGACAAGCAAUACGUUUUUAACGAUGGAUUAAAUUUUCUUGAAACUGAUUGGAAGUAUUGCAAAUUUCCUGAUAGACGAUACCAACUGUGUCAUAAAUAUGGAUUGAAACCUGCUGGAUUAACUUUACGCACGAAUAGUCAAGACGAAUUUAUUAUUCCUCCUAAGUGUUACGAUGCAGGCAUCGGAAUUUUUAACCCAUCUCAGUAUACUAUUAUUUGCUAUUCAGACUUGAAAAAGAUAAUUGAGAUACCAAAUGUCAAAUUCAUUAAGUGGAUAAAAAAUAAUUGUCAAAAGGCAUGGUCUGAACCAACUGGAAAAAAUAUAAAAGCUUUCUAUAAAUAUGACAAGAAGGUUCCUUCUACAUUAUUACCAUUUUCAAAUAAUUCUUUUGAAUCCUGGUGGAAGAGAUUAACUACUUUUAGUCAAGAUUCUACCUACGAUCGAAAAAAAUCCUAUUGUUUAUGCAAAGAUAAAACAUCAAGCGUUAAAGAAGAUAAAAAUCCCAUUGAAAUCCAUUUGAUUGAAACGGAUAUAGAAAAAAAAUACAAUACAAUUUAAAAAAUAAAAAUUUAAUAAUAUUUUAUUCUUGUUGUAAAUAAAUAUUUAAUACUUUUCUGCAACAGAUUAAUAUAUUUAAUUAUAAUUUAAUUCUCUAUCUAUUUAAUAUAUAAGAAAGAUAGAGAAAUGAAAAUAAGAAUAUUUAUUAUUUAACAAUAAGUUGUUUUUGUUCGGUUACAAUAUUACAAGCAUGUGCUUCUUGAUGUAUACGAUAUGUUACUGACAAUUUUUUUGAUACGCACUCGGUUGUUUUGCAAGCAAUAAUAUCCAAAAUCACGCACAUCUCUUGUGUUUCUUUUCCUUCGGGAAUCUUUAUUGAUAUAGGAUUUGAAAGUUCUCCAUUUCUUGCUCUAGCUAUCCAUCCAGAAUUAUUUAUAGGCAAAUUCAAAGUCCAUCUUUGUGGUGCAUCUAAAUUUAAUUUUAAAUCACGUUCAAAAAAUAUUAUGUUAAAUGAAAUAUUUAAUU